UUGUUAAAAUCUUAUUACGUUUAAAAUUUCAUUGUAAAGCAAAUCACAAUAUUUAUGUUGCAUAAAAGAAAAUGUUACAGUUUAUGUGCCUAGUACCUACAAGUAUUAUUACAUUUUAUUACAACGAAUUAUUAUCAAAUACCACACACUGAAUAUGUGUUACACUUAGGUACCUACACCGUACACAUUGUAUAAACAAUCAAAUUAAUUUGUAUUUAAGUUUUAGUUCUAACUGUUCCGCUACUCGAUCACACUUGUUGAGCUGUAUACAGGAUACAGAACAUACAUUCACUGUUAAUUUACCAUUUGAUUUACAAACUCGUGAUGACGUGUUUAAUCCUUAUAAACUAUUACACCGACUAUAUAGACUACGAGUAUAAUAAUAAUUAUAAAUGUAUUUUUUCACUAGAUAUUUCCGCUUUAGAUAGCACAGAUCCAUAACAGGUGUUAAUUAUAGGUACCUAUAUCAUUCUUAUACGAGUGAAAUCUUCUUCGACUAAGAAGGGAUUCGUGUACAUAUACAACAGGUAGACCACAUAAAUAGCUAGUACCUACGAGCAGUUUGCAAUAACAGUCAUUGCCAUUCAGUGUUUCACGAACAAAAAUAAUAAAUAAAAAUAGUGCAACGCUGACUCCAAGAAAUCACAAUGGCUAUUAAUCUUUACAUCAUGUUUGCCGUGGCCAUGACUUUAUCAAGUCUCGCAGCGUCAUUUCCGUCUUUAAACGAUUUCGACGAACACGACGAACACCAACAUCAUUCUCAAGUGCCAAAUUCUUAUCACUUCAAUUACGCCGUUCACGACCCGGUGACCGGUGACGAGAAAAGCCACAACGAAGUUAGUGACGGACAUGGCACGGUCAAGGGGACGUACAGUCUAGUCGAACCAGACGGUUCCAUUCGUGUGGUGGAGUACACGGCUGAUGACGUCCACGGCUUCAGAGCCGAAGUCAAGAAAAUCCAACCGCAGCAUAAACCCUCGUCUACACAACACACAUUUGACUUGGCCGAGCAUAAGGUGCCAUAUUUCCUAAACCCGACGAAUGAUUUAGAAGAACACUACGAUCAUGAAAUGAUUUCGUCAAACUGAGAAUAUUAUUUUGUUUCAAUAUUAUUAUGAUGACAUGUCAUAAUAGUAUGCAGCAAGUCUGGUUUUAGAGACUUGCAUCAUUGUUUUGUAUUUUGUAAUUAUGUUGUUUUAUGAAUAUAUAUUAUUUUUACCAUUUUAA